AUGGAAGAUGAAAUGGAAGAGGAGCCAUUGAAAGGUCCUGAGGGUGCUAUUCUUGAUAUAACUAUCAACAGUAUUGAGACAGGGGAUUGGCUGGCAGUGGUGUAUGAUGAUCACUGGUGGUUAGGAAAGUCCAUUGAUGUAGAUAUAGAACACCAAGACUUUGCAAUCAACAGCAAGAAAAAUAAGAUGAUGGAUAACUGGAUUGAAAACCAUUUCCCUUACUUCAGAAAUGUAGCUAAACCUGGCUGGAAGAACUCCAUUCGCCAUAACCUUUCCUUGAACGACAUGUUCAUCAGAGAGAGCACACCAGACGGCAAGAUCUCCUACUGGACCAUUAAACCUGAAGCAAACCGCGGUCUGACAUUAGACCAGAUGUACAAGCCUGCCGUUGAUCCAGCGGCCUCCUCUUUCCCACAAGCCAUGCAAGUCUGUUACCAACAAAAUGUCCCCAAGAGUGAAUCCAGUGUGGUGGUGAUGUCUGCCCCGGUUGCUGAAGUAGAGGAAGAACGUGUGUGUAUACCAUUCAGUGAACCCUGCAACAGCGAACAGAAAGAGAUACUCAGAAAGAGAUACGAGAGAAUCUCACGUCGGAAGCAGCGUCUAGUCCCACUUUCCAACGAGGAGCCUGUUCUGCUCUUCGAUUCCAGCUUGGUCUCCACCUUUCAGGAAAUGGAGUGUGAUCUGGAGCCCCGGCAAGACUUGCAGUUGCAAAGCGAAACCUUUAAAACACCUGACAAAGGGAGCCACCCGUUUUCCUCCACACCCAGCAAUUCACCGGAGCCGUGGAAGAGCACGCCGCUGGAUAAAGGGAACCGCAGCGUUCUGGAUUUCAGCCCGAUCAGAACACCGCCGCAGAGGCACGAGCACAGCGAGUUGAGCUUCUGCAGCACGCCUUUCAGAGACCUGCCACUGUUCGGUUCCCCCCGUGAGCUGCUCGCUUCCUGUUCCCACGAGCAGCAAACGGAAUCUAGCAACCACUCGCUCACCGAGGACUUUGUACUGGACACCAUGAACGACAGCCUGAGUAACAUCUUAAUGGACAUCAGCUUCUCUGGGCUGGAGGAUGACGACCUGGACAUGGCCAACCUCAGCUGGUCACAGUUUAUUCCUGAGCUAAAAUUAGAUGUAUCACUUUAAAAAAAACUCUAUUCAUGCUGCUCACAUGCUUUUUUAA